UUUAUACCCUUUACUUAUACUAUUGGUGUUCGCUAUACCCAUCCGUAUCAUGGUAUCAGAGAUAUCUUAGUCAGAGGACGUAUUCCAGAUUGGUGUAGAACCUUAAUAAUCACUGAAUGUAUGCGCAACUUACCUAUUAAGCCUGGCAUGGUUUUAUCCGGUUUAUUACCGUUUGCUAAAGACAUGCAAUUUCAUUUCACACAAUUAUCAAGAAAAACAAUUCCUUACAUAUACCCUGACAUGUUAGUUUCGUAUGAGAAAAUGACAAUGGAUUUAUGCUGGCCUCAGUCACCAUUUGACACAGAAAAACAAUCGCCACCGCAACAGCGACAAUCACCUAUGUGUGAUAUACCUGAUCAUACAGCUGCCAUUAUUACAAAAAUGGCAAACGAAUGGGUAGCAAAUCAGCAAACCAUCUUU